UACACGUGUGGGGAAUGUGGGAAGAGCUUCAGGAGGAACUGCAAGCUCCUCACCCACCAGCUCAUUCACACUGGGGAACGGCCCUACACGUGUGGGGAGUGUGGGAAGAGCUUCAGUGACAGGUCCCAGCUCCGCAGGCACCAGCUCAUCCACACUGGGGAACGGCCCUACAAGUGCUUGCAAUGUGGGAAGAGGUUUCAGAGCAGCUCAGAUCUCCUCCUGCAUGAGCGGAUACACACAGAGGAGAGGCCCUUCCGCUGCACCGACUGCGGGAAGGGCUUCAAACGCAACUUCCACCUCAUCACCCACCGGCGCAUCCACACCGGGGAGAGGCCCUACAAGUGUGGGGAGUGUGGGAAGAGCUUCACCCGCAACUCCCACUUGACCUCCCACCAACGGACCCACCAGUAA